UUGAUGCAGAGAUUGAAGUUCAAUCAUAGGAAUGUGGGCGUAUGGAUAAUUUAUAAUAAUCAGAAAUACAUAGUUAUCACACAAAACACUAGAUGGAAAAGGUUUGUUUGAAACAUAAUGAAUAUCUAAGUCUUCUACGAGCACUUCCGGUAAAAAAAAAACAAUCUCUCUCCCGAUUGGUCGAAUUUAAAAAAGAGACCGCGACAGUUCUGGAUGACAACAGAAAACUGUUUUUCGUUGCGAAACAUUUUAUUUUUUGUUGGGGAAAAACAAAAAGUCUGUCACGAUGAUGGAAUCAGGUUAUCACAGCAGAUUGGGAAGCGUGGAGAGGGAAAUGAACGUCGACGACCUGAGGAAAGACCUUUUAUCAGAGUUUCACUCACAGGAGUCAUGCCUAGAAGAAAACGAGCACUUGCAGGUGUACCUCCGCAUUAGACCGUUCACAUCAAUUGAAAGUGAAAAUGGCGAAUCACAGGAGUGCGUUUCCAUUGAGCCCCCAGACAAGGUCCUCCUCAAGGCUCCAAGGACUUCCCUGUCAGCAGGGCUUAGUGACAAAUCAGUCCCGCAGACAGCUCAAAGGUUCCAGUUCUCACAGGUCUUGGGGCCAGAAACCUCUCAGAGGGAGAUGUUUGAUGGCACCGUGAGAAGUCUGGUCAAGGAUGUUUUGGAAGGUGGAAAUUCUCUGGUUUUCACAUACGGAGUCACAAAUGCGGGAAAGACGUUCACAUUUCUAGGUCCAGAGGCCAACGCAGGGAUCCUCCCCAGGUCUUUGAAUGUCAUCUUCAACAGCAUCGAGGGGCGUGUUUACAACCAGAUGACUAUCAAGCCACAGCGAUGCAGAGAGUUCAUCAGGCUCACUAAAGAUCAGCAAAGUGAGGAGGCCACUAGCAAGAGAAAUCUCUUCAGGCUCCUCAAGGAGAGUGAUAACCCGAAAAGCUCCACCAGCCAGACAAGCUCCACCAGCCAGACAACCCUGCAAGGGUCCACACUAAGUGACAUUGAGAGGACUGUGACUGAAGACGCUUUCAGUCUGGUUUUUGACGCACACACCAAGUUCUCAGUCUGGGUGUCCUUCUGUGAAAUCUACAACGAGAAUAUUCACGACUUGCUGGAGCCCAUACCGAUCGGAGCCCUGAAGAGAUCCACGCUGCGGCUGUCGCAGGAUGUCAAAGGCAACUCCUUUGUGAAAGAUCUGAAGUGGAUACAAGUGAACAAUGCGGAGGAAGCCUACAAGGUGAUGAAGCUAGGGAAGAAGAACCAGAGCUUUGCCAGCACAAAGCUAAACCUCCUCUCAAGCAGGAGCCACAGCAUAUUUUCUGUUCGUAUCCUGCGGAUUGAAGAUGCUAGGAUUCCUCGUGUUAACUCUGUCAGCGAGCUGUCCCUGUGUGACCUGGCUGGGUCUGAGAGGUGUGCUAAAACUCAGAAUAAAGGGGAGCGUUUGAAAGAGGCCGGGAACAUCAACACUUCCCUGAUGACGCUGGGCAAGUGCAUCAACGCUUUACGUCAAAGCCAGCAAUCCAAGCUACCACAGCACAUCCCUUUCAGGGAGAGCAAGCUCACCCACUACCUGCAGGGCUUCUUCUGUGGGCGGGGCAAAGCCUGCAUGGUAGUCAACAUCAACCAGUGUGCCUCCAUGUACGACGAGACGAUCAACGUGCUCAAGUUCUCCGCUGUGGCUCAGAAGGUGGUGGUGCUGACAUCCAAGACCGCCCCUUAUCUCGCCGCCAAGACGUCGACCCAGGAACUGUCCAUGAUCGUCGACCACGCAGACAGGAAGAAACUGUUGGGUCAGCGGAGAAGGAGCUCCCUGGUUGGCUGGGAGACCAGUCUGGAGGAUGUGCAGGAGGAUGACAUGGAAGCGGAGAGCACGACAGAGGACAGCGUGAUUGAGGAGACCAUGCAAGAAGUGGACGAUGACAAGUUUCUCAUCGAUAAAGAUGCUUAUGAGAGCCAGCUCCUCCAGUUGAAGGAGCUCCGGGAACAACUCCAGAAAGAGAGAUCUGAAAACCUGGCGUUGGAAUCCCGCAUCCGUGACGAGGUCACAAAGGAGUUCUCUGACCUCUUCUCUGAAAUGCAGACCGAUUACAAGGAACGUCUGGCCAAAGAGAAGGAGAUUGUCGAGGAGAGAGCGGAGAGGCGUCUAGAGAUCCUGAAGAAUCUAGUGAACAAGAACACCAGUCAAGGGGAGCUGGACAGAGCAGAGCGAGCCACGAAGGAGAGCUCGUCGUUGGGAGGCAUGUUUGACUCCAUGUGCAGUGACCUGGCAGGCAUAAAGAUGGCGGCUGAGACGGCCAAGACAUGUCUGGUGGUCGCCCACCCCAGUAGUGACACCGUCUCCAACCUCUCAGUGCAGCUCCCUGUCGAAACCAAUGAACUGGAAAAUGAUCGCAGACGAGCACCGCAAUCAAAGGAACAGCUUGACGAGGCUAGGAAGUCUCAGGAGCUGAAGUUCUCCGACCUUCUGGAGAUGUGUCAUGAGAAGGACGAGAUGAUCUCCUCGCUUCAGAACACCGUGGACCAGCAGGUCAAAGACACUAUCAAAGAUAAGACUACAUUCGACGGCAUCAAGGAUGAGCUCCUGCGUCUGAAGAGCAGCUGCACUUGCUCCAGAGGGGAGAAGCGCAGCUCUCGCACAGAGAGCCGCAAACGGCUGGUGGAUCUCCAGCCGGACCUGGAGGAACAGCCCCCCAGCAAGAAAGGUUUCCAUGGGGAGGGUAGUGGAGAGGACGAGAAGAUGGACAGAUUGUGCUGGGAGCAGGUGGUGAAAUCCUCAGAAGUGGCGGGACUAGUAGAGACUCUGCAGCUUGACCAGGUAGCACACGAAGAGGGUGACUUGAAAGUGCAGGAGGUGAAUAUCUCCUGUAUGAAGGCACAUGAGCUGGAGGUGCAGACGCGUGCUCGCGAGGAGGCCCUGUCCGUGGUGGUGGAGGAGGCGGCGGUGGCGGCGGCGAGGAGGGAGAAUGCCAGGCUGCUCCAGGAACGGGAAGACUUGCAGCGGGAGAUGCGCAUACUUCGAGGGGAAUCCCAGGCUCUAAUUGGGAAGCUGCAGGCCAUGGAGAGGGAGGUCAGUCUGCAGACAGCCAGAGCAGAAAAGGCUGCAGAGGACCGACAGGCCACGCAUGACCACGAGGUCAGAGAGAAAACUGCCCUGAUUGACUCCCUGAUACAGGAAGUGACACGCCUAGGGAAGGAAGUCGUGACCUCUCAAGCUGCGUCGGGAGCACAAAGGGACAGCAGGCUUCUCAGAGACAAGAUGGCGGAACUGAAGAGGGAAUGCUCAGAGGCCCUAGAGGAGAGGCUCCUGCUGAAAGAGAAACUGGCCCAACAGCAGAUCUCUGAACAGGAGCUGAAAGAGGAACUGGCCCAACAGCAGAUCUCUGAACAGGAGCUGAAAGAGAAACUGGCCCAACAGCAGAUCUCCGAACAGGAGCUGAAAGAGAAACUGGCCCAACAGCAGAUCUCCGAACAGGAGCUGAAAGAGAAACUGGCCCAACAGCAGAUCUCCGAACAGGAGCUGAAAGAGAAACUGGCCCAACAGCAGAUCUCCGAACAGGAGCUGAAAGAGAAACUGGCCCAACAGCAGAUCUCCGAACAGGAGCUGAAAGAGAAACUGGCCCAACAGCAGAUCUCCGAACAGGAGCUGAAAGAGAAACUGGCCCAACAGCAGAUCUCCGAACAGGAGCUGAAAGAGAAACUGGCCCAACAGCAGAUCUCCGAACAGGAGCUGAAAGAGAAACUGGCCCAACAGCAGAUCUCCGAACAGGAGCUGAAAGAGAAACUGGCCCAACAGCAGAUCUCCGAACAGGAGCUGAAAGAGAAACUGGCCCAACAGCAGAUCUCCGAACAGGAGCUGAAAGAGAAACUGGCCCAACAGCAGAUCUCCGAACAGGAGCUGAAAGAGAAACUGGCCCAACAGCAGAUCUCCGAACAGGAGCUGAAAGAGAAACUGGCCCAACAGCAGAUCUCCGAACAGGAGCUGAAAGAGAAACUGGCCCAACAGCAGAUCUCCGAACAGGAGCUGAAAGAGAAACUGGCCCAACAGCAGAUCUCCGAACAGGAGCUGAAAGAGAAACUGGCCCAACAGCAGAUCUCCGAACAGGAGCUGAAAGAGAAACUGGCCCAACAGCAGAUCUCCGAACAGGAGCUGAAAGAGAAACUGGCCCAACAGGAAUUGACCUUGGAGCAGCUCAAGGUGGAAAUGGAGGCUAAAGAAGAGGCCCACGUUGACAGCAAAAACUCUGUAUCUGAGAGAGAGACCGCUGAGGGCCUGAGGAAACUAAACUCUGAUCUGGAGGCUGAGGUCGUGACCUUGAAGGGAAAGAUGGCCUAUCUGGAGGGAGAGGAGCGCACCCGCCAAAUGGAGAGGGAGGUGGCUGUAACCGUGUCCCAAACGGAGAGAGUGGCAGAGUUGGAGAAGAUACUGUUCGAGAAGGAGGCGGAGGUGUCGGGCCUGCAGAGGAGCCUGCGGGAGGUGCAGGAGAGGUGGGAGGAUGAGGAGACCGCUGCGGUGCAGGAGGCUCGUAGGAGGGAGGUGGAGAGGAGGAGGGAGCUGCUGGCCGUGGCUGAGGAGGCCAUCGCUCAGAAGGACGCUGAGCUGAAGAAGAGAGCCCAGGACAUCACCAGAUUGAAGGAGACCAUUAAACUUGACUCGGACAAAGUGAAGAUUUUGAGCUUGGACCUUGAGAGGAAAGACGAUGACAUUUCUGAUCUCAAAGAGAAGCUGGCUGACUCUAAAAAACAGAUACAGCAAGUUCAAAAGGAGAUCACCUUGGAGAAAUCUCUGAAACUUAAACUGCAGGACUUGGAGAAAGUGAAGAAACAGCAGCAAGCAGACUUGGCUAAUAAAGACCGGACCAUACACCAACUGAAAACUGAACAUUCCGCUGACUCGAAGUCUGAGGAGAACUUAAAGCUUUAUCAGAACGCCUGCAAAGACCUUCAGGCUAAGGAGCGUUUGAUUGAAGACAUGCGUCUGGCUCUGACUGAGCAGGAGGACACCCAGACCCAACAGGAGCAGGUGCUGGAGGCUAAACUGGAAGAGAUUGACGCCCUCACAGAAGAGGUGGAGAAAGUGAAAGGACUGUUACGCUACCAGGACAAUAGAAAAGACACUGCGUCCCUGAGAGACAGCCAAUCGGACGAAGCCAAAUUAGCCAAACAGGAAGCCAUUCAGGCUCAAGUGACCUUGAAGCUGUGUACUGAGAAGCACCAGGCUGACAGGAGGAAGUGGCUAGAGGAGAAGAUGGUUCUCAUCCGGCAGGCCAAGGAAGCCGAGGACAAGAGGAACCAGGAGAUGAGGAAGUUCGCAGACGGCCGUGAGCGACACGCCAAACAGCAAACCCAAGUGGAAGAUCUCGUGGCCCAGCUCGGUGAGAAAGAGCAGGACCUAGUGAAAUGGAGGAAGGAGAGGGACACCCUUGUAACAGCUCUGGAGGUCCAGCUAACCAAACUCAUCUCCAGCAUCGCCAACAAGGAUGAGCAGAUAGCCCGUCUGCGCUGCAACGACACCUCUCAGCCAGCAGAGAGGCACCAUGGCCAGGUGGAGGUAGAGGAGCUGCAGAGCCUUCUGUCUGAGAGAGAUGCUGAGAUCUUUAACCUGAAGGAACAACUGAAAGCUAUUUCCAAAGCCAGCUGCAAUGUCUCAUCUGCGCCUCCCACUAAGCCCAGAGAGACCGCCACUCUGACUAAAGCAGAGGAGUGCCCUCCCAAAGUCAGUGAGAGAACUCUCCAUGACGACAACAGUCAACUAGUACAUGGAGUGAAGACUGAGAAGAGGACCAGUCAGGGGUCUGGGGGCUACCCGUCGGUGCUCGACUCCUCAGAGAUCAUAACGGAGGGAGGCAGGACCAGCCGCUUCCCCAAGCCUGAGCUUGAGAUCUCCUUCAGCCCGCUGCAGCCCAACAGGAUGGCCUUGAAACGCCAGGGAGAGGACGUGAUUAACGUCAAAAUCACUCGCAAGAGGAAGAGCUCUGAGAUUGACAAGAAGAAAGGUUGGCACAGUAAGGCUAAACGGAGAGCAACACGUGAGCUCCCAUCUCAGGAUGAGGUGAACAGUGAGAACCGAAGGAACAACAGAACUAGGAUGACUUCUAAACUGGCUGUACAUCAAGAGGAGACAUCUCCGGCGAGGGGCAGUAAAGACCCGGACUCCAUUAGGCCCCAGGACUCCCAGUCCAGCCUUCGGAGCAGGAAAGAAGGAACGAUGCAGAAGAUCGGCGACUUCCUCCAGAGCUCCCCAACGUUUUUCGGUAGCAAGGCUAAAAAGAUAAUGGGAUUGGUGAGCGGGAAAUCCCCAGAGACAGAGGGUGGGGCAUCCAUGAGCUUCAGACCCAAGAAGUCCAAGAGGAAGCUUUACAGACCAGAGAUCUCCACCCCGAUGGACUUCCCCUCCCACCCGAUCAUCGGUGGAAGUUCAGACGAGCGAGAGGGGGACCAUCUCAUCAUCAAGAGAAAACUCCGGACGGCUAAAUGAGUUGACUUCUCUGUUCCACAGCGAGGAUGUUAUCCCUGCUGCUCUUGUGUGGUAACGGGGAAAUGAAAUAAUCCAUUUUGUUGGUGUAAUGUUGUGGUUGUUUUCUUCUUAAUAUCGGUUAGGUAGAUAUCAGUUUUAGUUUUCAUAUUAGCCUUCAUUUAUCACUUUAAUUUAUAUUCGAUUUUUAUUUCUAUGUAUUUAAUGUUGCACAUUAUGUGAUUUAUUUCUUUCAUUUGUAUGAUUUAACACUAUCAUUUUUGGACCAAGUAUGUUUAUUCUCAGUCCAGAACAUUUUGGUAAUGUGCUCCUCUGAAGAUGUACAUGUCAACGAUAUUCAUGUAAAAAAAAAUAAACACGAGGCGUUUUUUGUUGUGCAGAAUGAAUGUCUUACUGGGGACAACCAGUCCUAUUGUGGUGCUAAACAUGUUGACGAUACAUGGUGGAAUGUAGAUUAUAGCGCCCUGUUCAAUCAGCCAAUCAGAGUAGUAUCUGGGCUAAGACAUCGUUACAAACUGCUCUUUUGGCUUCAGGCCGUGAACAUCAUUUUAUUUACUAAAUUCAUCUAAAUACACUUCAUGUUGUAUCACAGGAAGUCCCAUUUUUUUUGUUUUGUUGAUUUAACCGAACCGUUUGACUGCUAUUCAUGUAUAAUACUGUACUGCUAACAAGGUGGUUUAAUAAAAACACUGCUAUUCUUACAAAUUA